AUGGAAGCAGACACGUUGAUAGAAUCCAUCGUCAGAACGUUCACGUUCAUGGCAGGGAUCCUGGGAAACAGCUGGCUGGCUCUAGUCUCUCUUCCCAAGCAGAGGUCUGACGUUCGUACCAAUGAGGUCCUUUUCAUCAACCUGGCCGUAUCCGACCUCAUCACCAACUACCUAGUGGACCUGCCCGACACCGCCGUACACUUUGCUGGACGCUGGUUCUUGGGGGAAACCUUCUGUGGCAUCUUCCUCUUUUGUGCCGACCUCUCUGAAACCAGCAGCAUCUACACAACCCUCUUCAUCAGCGCUUUCUGGCACCAGAAGCUGGUUGGGUCCCUCAAACGCGGAGGCGCACCCGUGCAGCUGGACAGCCUGCGCCUGGUGGGCUGUCUGCUGGUUGGCAGCUGGAUGCUGGCCACCAUCUUCAGCAUCCCUCACUACUUCUUCGCCUCGGUGAAGAGGCUGAACGAGAGCCACGGAGGCUGCGUCGAGGUCUUCCCUGAGGCACUUUCCAAGCAAACCUAUGAGAUAACCUUUUUAGUUGUGGCCAAUGUUUUCCCUCUUGUGGGGAUCAUCAUUGCAAGUGCUCAAAUUGUUGUUACUCUGCUCCGAAACCAGAGGCACGUGGCGAGUCGAGAGUCGGCAAGCAGCAAAACGGAUCCCAGAGUCCAACCUAAGCAGACGCCACCUAAGCCCAGCCGCAGCCCUCAGGCGAGAGCAGCGAAGAGUGUGGUGGCUGUAGCCAGCGUGGUUGUGCUCUGCUGGCUGACUCAUCUGCUGCUGCGCCUCUCCAGCAGCAUACACACCUCAUCUGUGGUGUUGGAGGUGGCCGGCUACAUUGCAUCGUCCUACACCAGCAUCAUCCCCUACAUAUUUUUGCACGGAGUGAAAAAGCUCUCUUGUUCAUGUAAAAAAAAAUAA